AUGGGUAAAGAAGGUAUUGGCGAUGGUGCAGAAAGGAAAGUAAGAAAACAUCCAACGUAUAUAGGAGUAAGGAAAAGGAAGUGGGGAUUAUGGGUAUCAGAAAUCAGAGUACCCAAAAUGGAAAAGAGAAUAUGGUUAGGCUCAUUCCCGACACCAGAAAUGGCAGCUCGUGCACAUGAUGCAGCUGCAUUGGCCUUAAGAGGGGACUCCGCCAAGCUCAAUUUUCCUGGAUCAUCCCAUUCCCUCCCUUGCUCCCCAACAUUAUCUGCAAGAGACAUACAGGCCACUGCUCUUGAAGCUGCAUAUUCAUUCUCUCAACAGCCAGAAGAACCACCAUCUCAGUUGCGCUCGACCAACGACCAUGAUGACAGUACGAAUGAUUGCAUCGACUCAGAGCUCAUCCACCACAAGCCACGCUAUGAAGGUGAAUCUACUCUUAUCAAAAAACCUUGUAAUAUUGAGAUGGUCGAAUGGCUGAAUUUGCAAGAAUCGCUGAUUAACAUUACAGAUGGUCUACCGACUGAAUCCUAUCUCUUCCAUCACAACGAAUUCACAGCAGAGGAAGAAGAUCACGAGUUGAUAUCUCUUUGGAAUUUCAACUAA